AUGAUGUAUGUGGGCUAUCUUUUGGAUAAGGACACUAACAUGUACCCUAACCCGGUCAGGCACCCCAGCCUGAACCUCAAUCCCCAGAACUACGUGCCUGCGCCCCCUCAAUAUUCGGAUUUUGCCAGCUACCACCACGUGCCAGGGAUUAACAGUGACCCACACCAUGGGCAACCUGCGGGCGCCUGGGGCUCGCCAUACACACCCACCAAGGAGGACUGGCAUUCGUACGGGCCUGGAGCCGCUUCUUCCGUCGCUAACCCGGGGCAGCUUGGAUUCAGCCCCACUGAUUUUAAUCCAAUUCAGCCUCCAGGCUCUGGACUCCUACCUUCACCCAUCAACAGCUCAGUGGCCCAGCUCUCCCCCAAUGCGCAAAGGCGCACCCCCUAUGAGUGGAUGAGGCGCAGCGUUCCAACCAGCAGCAGCAGUGGCAAGACCAGAACAAAAGACAAGUACCGGGUGGUGUAUACGGACCACCAGCGCCUGGAGCUGGAGAAGGAGUUCCACUACAGCCGCUACAUCACCAUCCGGCGGAAAGCGGAGCUGGCAGCAACGCUCGGGCUCACCGAACGGCAGGUGAAAAUCUGGUUCCAGAACCGGAGAGCCAAGGAGAGGAAGGUGAACAAGAAGAAGAUGCAGCAGCAGACGCAACCCACAAGCACCACCACUCCCACCCCGCCGGCUGUUGGCACCCCAGGUCCCAUCGGCGGCAUCUGCAGCAGCACCACCAACCUGGUCUCCUCUUCCCCAAUGACUAUCAAAGAAGAAUUCAUGCCUUAA